AACUAUGAAAACUUAUAUCCUUCUUGCCGCCGUUACUCUUGCCGUUUUUUUCUCAUCGACAGAGGCUAAUGGAAUUGAAUGUGAGAUGUGCAAGAUGUCUGUCAAGAUUGUUGUUCCAAUGCUUGGAGAAGACACUGAAUCAAUUAAGAAGGCCGUCGACGCUGAAUGCAAGAAGGAAUUCCACAGCAUUCCAUUCGGAACUCAAGAGUGCAAAAAGUUCAUUGACACCAAGCUCGACCCAAUCAUUCACGAACUCGAGAACGGAACUGCUCCAUCUGACGUCUGCACCAAGCUUGGAAUGUGUUAAAUAAAAAUCAGAUGAUUUUAAUAAAUUCAUUCUACU